GGAGAGUAAGAGGCACUCGUUUGCAGAGAGAGAGAGAGAGAGAGAGAGAGAGAGGAGAAAGAGAGGGAGAAGUCCAGAAAGCUUAGGAGCAUUGAGAGAAGAAAGAAGACUUGCUGCUGCCACAUUUACAACAUUUUUUCCAACCAAAAACAAAGUGAAUACUGCUCCUUGAGAAACUUGGAAGUGCAAGCAUGGACGGGAUAACAUUUGGACGCACCUCGCUGCUGUGCACCUUGCUGCUGUGGGCAUUUCAAGUAUGUAAUGGAAGUGUUUCCGUGAAUGUGUCUCCUAAAGUGGAAGUUAUUAAAGGAGAGACUGCCAAACUUCCCUGUACAUACACCGUAUCAACAUCGAGCAACACUAUUGUUGAAUGGUUCAUUGAGGAACAAGGAACCAGGACUCGUGUAGCUUUCCGCUCUCAAGGUGGCGAAGGAAAAAGUGACGAUGGCACCCCUCUGACAGGGCGUGUCACGAUCGGAGAGGACUUCACCUUGACCAUCUCGUCGGUUCAGCCUUCUGACGAGCUCUCCUUCUUCUGCCAGGUCACAGCCGGCCCUGCUGGGGUCGGAGAGGGGGUCACAAUGCUCAAAGUCUUCUUUGCUCCAGAGAAGCCUGUUCUCACAAAGCCAUCAAGUCAGGCCAUUACUGUAGGAGAGCCCACCAGCUCUGAGAUUGGUACCUGUUCAGCGAAAAAUGGGUAUCCCCAGGCAAGAAUUAUCUGGUUCAAGGAUGGUCAUCCCCUACCUGAAGUUAAGGACAGGAAGGAGGCGACCUACAUGAUUCCCUCUGUGGUUAAGGAGGCUUCAGGUCUCUACACCAUCAAGAGCACCCUGUACAUGCGGCCAACCAAGGCUGAUAAAGACUCUGUGUUCAGCUGUGUGGUGGAGUACAGCAUGCCAGAGGGACAGAUCAAACAGAAGAAGUCCGACACUAUGAGCAUAAAUCUCAACUAUCCCUCUGAGAAAGCGACCUUUACCCUAGUCAACACUGAUCCUGUCAAAGAGGGCGACACUGUAACCAUGAAGUGUGAGACUGAUGGCAACCCUCAGCCGGAGUUUGACUUCACUAAAGAUGGUGAAGUGAUCAACGGUGAAGGUGGUCUUCUUACACUCAAAUCGGUCAAACGCACAGACAGCGGCGAGUACAAGUGCACAGCCACAGAUUUUGAUAACCUGGAUGCUGACCUGAGUGGAAUAAUCACCCUGAAUGUUGCUUACAUCGACCCAGUGAGUGUGACCCCUGCCCAGCCUCAGGUCGUCAUGCUUGGAGACAGUGUGGAGUGGCAGUGUAAGACCAAGGCCUCUACCAAGCACACCGUCCAGUGGAAAAAGGGCUCUGACGUGCUCUCUCAGGACGGCACGCUGUCGAUACAAGAUGUUUCCUAUGAUAACGCCGGAGAGUACAUGUGUGUUGGAGCCGUGCCAUCCGUGCCAGGACUGACAGCAGAGGCUAGUGUCAACCUCACUGUUAAAGGAAAGCCGAUGAUUGAGACCCCAGCCAUAGCAGAAGUGGCAAAGGAAGGAGACACGGUGACCCUGAAGUGCUCAGUUUAUGGCUCCCCCGCCCCUCAGUUCACCUGGAAGCCUUCAGGAAAACAAUCUUUGUCGGUAGAAGGUAUCAAGUUGGUGAGCACCUUGACCCUGCCAGCUACAGCUGAGGUCAUGAAGGACGGGGUGACCUGCGAGGCCUCCAACGAGCAUGGAACAGAUAGCAAGACCUUCAUGGUAUCUCUCAAACGAGCAAUUGACAACUCGGCUGACAGAGCUGACAAGCAGCAGGGAGGCUCCAGCGGGGUGGUGAUAGCUGUGGUGGUGUGCGUCCUCCUGCUCCUGCUGCUGGUGGCCCUCAUCUACUUCCUGAACAAGAAGAGCAAGCUGCCCUGCGGCAAGAAGGACAAGAAGGAAGUGGCCACCGGUGAGGUGAACAACGACAUUGUGGUGGAGAUGAAGACGGACAAAGCUAACGAAGAGGCCGGUCUCCUCAACAAGAGACCGUCCACAGAACAGUGAUAAAGCAAGACAACGAAAGCAAGCGACAGAGGGAUGAAGGGAAGGAGGAGUACAGCGAUGAAGACAACAGGGCUAUUUUUAUUUACUACACUAGACUGAAGGGGGGAAAAAGAGGUGGAGCUUGGACUUGGUUUUGAUUUUUAGGGGUGGCGCUGUUUUGGCGUUGGUGUGGGUGUGCUUGUUUUAUUACCUGUGGUAGACCUUUAUGGAGCUUCUUUCCUCUUCCUUAAAGCAAGAGCUGCCAUUCAAAAUGAAACUCCAUCCAUGUUCGCUACCACAGGAUUAAAACCAUACAUGUGCAAAAUGUGACAUCACUGGACGCUGAUAGAAUCAUGUCUUAAUUCUAACUUUCUCACCAAUCACAUCUUUGGUUGACUCUUCUGCGGAGCAGAGCUGCACAGUGAUGCAUGUACAACACAAUCCAAACACAGUGGCUGAAUCUCUCUUAUCUACCCCAAAUCAAACACAAAAUGCCAUUAAGCUUCUGUUUUCUGGGUUGUGUGUACAUGCAAAUGUAACACUGAGCCUCUACUGUGUCUGGGAGUCUGCACUUAAAUUCUCUGCUGGGUAUAUUGGGAUAAAUUAUCACACGCUGCCAUUCUGUUUUAUCCACAUCAGUAAAAUGUGAUGAUUUACGCUCUCAACAUUUAAUCCCUCAGCACACUGUUUGGCUCACAUUUCUGCUAAAUCUCUGUGUUCGCUUCGGAUGGUGUUUGUUUAAUUGCCUUUUUGCCACCUGUGAAUGUUUAUGUACUUUUGAUUUUCCAAUAUCCCUAAUUAGCUUUCUGCAGAAGCAGCCCAGGCUUUUAAUAACGCCAAUCCUUUCUGUAAAAUUGCUUGCCUUUUUUUAAAUCCAGCUAAAGCGACUUCAAAAAAAGCAAGCUAUUAGGUUGUACAAAUUUGUUUUCUCCAUUUCCAGCACACAUGUAUAUUAUGUCAGUGCAUUCACUUGUUUUUUUUUUUCCCCUGUGCGCUUUGGUUUUCUCUGUAAAUUUAAACCCUGUCUAUCAAGCAGGAGAUGUACUGUGCUGACGUGGAGCUCUGAAUGUCUGUGGCGACUAGUCUCGGGCUGUGAUUGCAACCAUUUUUAACAGGCUCUUCUCUAGGAUGAAACCAUUCUCACAAGCCCAGCAAGCAGCAGCAGCUAUGCUCUAAAAGCCCAAUUAUCAUCACCUCUCUGCAAAAUAGGUGGAAAAUACAGCAAAAUGGUCGACAAUCUCAAACCUUAGCCUGCUGUGUUGCUCUUUUCCCUUGACAGUUAAAUAAGACUUCACAAAUUCACCUGAAGAAGAAAUCACUGGCACAAGUUCACUCUGGUUUGACCGAACAGGGACGGGAAGGUGUGGGAGGGAUCAGGGGUUUGUCGCUGGAGUAUGUGAUGUACUUUUUGUUUUUACCAAAUGAAAGUUUUGAGUGUCACAGCAGGAAUGUUUCUGUGUUUAGGUACGCGAUACAGGCUGUUUUUUUCUGGUUUUUAUUUCCUACACUGUCCAGACCAGAGUGCUCUGAUAGCGGGUUGAUGUGCCCUUUAACUUGUUGAACACUGGAACUGAUGGCCUUGAUUUUUCAAAAAGGUCACCUCAAACCACUAUCGCCUCCCAUAUUUUUAAUGUCUGUCUACUGAUCUUGCCAUAUUGACUGUUAGCUAACCUGUGGUGGCAGGUGAAGAUAGAUAAAUAAACUUGGAGCAUUCUUCUUUUUUAUUUUAAUGUUUUAUAUAAAGAUAUUGUGGUAUAAAAUUGUUUUUUUAGAAAGGGGAGUCUUUAUUUUGGAACUACUGAGUUUUCUUUAUUCCCAUGCUUUUUCACUCUGCUCUAAGAGGAGAGAGUUUUUUUUUCUUUUUUAUUUUAUAAGAAAUUCUCAGUGCUUUACUUCUCUCUCUCUGUACUGUAUGCUGUAUAUUUUGUGGUACGCUGUUGUGACCUCUGUGGUGUGUUGAUGUAUCUUUUUAUUUUGUUCCAGCUGUGUAGAAUUUAUAAUGAAAAAAAAACAGGAAAACCAAUCACAACCUUGUAGUCUGUGUGUUUUCACUCCCAUUUUUGCAACAGGCAAUUUUGAAAACUACUCUUGGAGUUCACAGCUUU